UCCACCUCCUUCUCUCCUCUACACAAACUCCACACCCUCAUGUAUAUGCAACCACUAAAUCGAUAUAUAUUCUCCUACAUCGCCGUCGUCUCCUUCGCCUUAUGCCUCGCUGCCGAACUCACGAAAACUAAGAAAGAUGAUCUCGUAUUCGAUGGAAAGCUGUGUUACCUGCCUGGAACUGUGUCAUUCGAACUAGGAAUCGCAGCCUUAAUCUGUCUUAGCAUCAAUCAAGUUGCCGGUAGUUUAUUCAUUUACAGCAAAUUCAGUCCGAGAGAAAAGGGAGGCUAUUUUACAGUCACACGCAGUUUAAUCGUUUUUUCCUGGAUUGGCUUUGGAGUUGCAGUGGUUUUAUUAAGUGCAGCAAGCAGCAUGAACCAGAGUCAAGCCUUUGGAGAAGGAUGCUCAACCCUUGGCUCCGGUGUAGCAGCUGUAUGGUGAAACAAAGCAGAAGAAACACAAGGGUCCUUAGUUCUUGCAAAAGUUGAUAAAUGACAAGAUUAUACAAGAGCAAUACCUAACAUAGCUAAUGGUAGAUGUAUG